AGUCAGGUGUGGUAACGUAUCGUACUUCAGUGAGUCAACAACAUCGGUCAAUAUGGAGAAACGUUAAGGUUGUUUGAAGUUGGUUGCGUUUUAUAAUUGGUGACCUUUUUGUAAACUUCCCGGAAUAUUUCAAGAAAGGUCCAAAUGACAGCCCUCACGUGAGCUCUUUUGGAUAGAAAACCCUCACCAACCUUAUUGCUGAGAGGUCUCUGCACCAUCACCGCAAUGGUUCAGCUCUGCACUCGCAAACCAGCCAGCCGUACCGAUUCACACUGGAGCCUCAUCCCAACCUAGCUGUGGAUGCUAAAGAGACUAAAUCAUCAGAACCGGCCUGUGUGGGAGUCGUGUGGAACGUUGGAUGUGCGAGUCGUCUUCCCUCCGUGCAGCAGCUGACCGCGCACAGGACUAAAUGUGGGGCUGAGAGCCAUGCCUUUUCUUCCUCUGCUGGCUUUACUGUGUGCACUUCUUCUUACCAUUGCACAUGGCCAGCCCACCACCGACACCCUUGUCCCUCGGAAGAGCAUCCGCCACCAGGAUGCUCAUGCCAAGUUGUUCCAAGAGGAUGGCGUGUGGAACUACACCACCAUGCUGCUGAGAGAGGACCUGGGCCUGCUGAUGCUCGGCGCCAGGGAGGCCAUCUACGCCCUCAACAUUAGCGACAUCUCUGAGAAGAAAUCUGCUGUAUAUUGGCGUGUCCCAGAGGAUAAACAGAGAGAAUGCACCUACAAGGGAAAGACUGCUGAUAUUGAGUGUCGAAACUAUAUCCGGACUCUUCAUAAAAUCAAUGCCACCAGUAUGUAUGUGUGCGGGACCAAUGCCUUCAGCCCCACUUGUGACUUCCUGACAUUUCUUGAUGGACAGCUGAAACUAAGGGAGGUGCAUGAAGAGGGGAAAGGGAAGUGUCCUUUCGAUCCCUUCCAGAGAUACUCCUCCCUGAUGGUCGGUAAUGACCUUUACUCUGCCACUUCAAUCAACUUUCUGGGCUCUGAGCCAGUGGUGCUACGCAGCUCCCAGACAACACUCCGCACCGAGUUCAAAAGCUCCUGGCUCAACGAACCGAACUUUGUGUAUAUGGACCUGGUCCCUGAGAGUGAACACAGCACAGAUGGGGAUGACGACAAGGUCUACCUGUUCUUUAGCGAGAACGCAGUGGAGUACGACUUCUACAACAAGCUCAUGGUGUCUCGAGUGGCCCGAGUCUGCAAGGACGACAUGGGCGGCCAGCGAACGCUGCAGAGGAAGUGGACGUCCUUCCUGAAGGCGCGUCUGGACUGCUCUGUGCCUGAACCCAGCCUGCCCUACAUCGUUCAGGACGUCUUCCUGCUCAGCGGAGAUAGCUGGGAGUCGGGCGUCUUUUACGCAGUCUUCACCCCCCAGUCCGAGUCGUCUGACCUGUCGGCCGUGUGCGCGUACAGCGUUGCGGACAUCAGAAAAGUAUUCUCCACAGGCAAAUACAAGACUCCGGUGUCUGUGGAGACGUCCCACAUCAAAUGGGUGAUGUUCAGCGGGGACGUGCCUUCCCCCCGGCCAGGCGCGUGCAUAAAUGAUGCGGCCAGAAGCCAGGGCAUGAGCCGCUCACUGGACCUGCCGGACAAGACGCUGCAGUUCAUCCGGGACCGGCCGCUGAUGGACGACGCCGUGCGGCCCCUGAGCGGGACCCCUCUGCUGCUGAAGAGGGGGGCGGCGUUCACCCGCAUCGUGGUGGACAGCGUGCUUGCGCUGGACGGCCAAACGCACGCUGUGAUGUUCAUCGGCACCGAGAAUGGCUUUGUUCAGAAGGCUGUGAACUACGAUGGGAAGAUGCAUAUCAUUGAGGAGGUGCAGCCGUUUGAGACGUCAGAAGCCAUUAAGGUCCUCCGUCUGUCUUUAAGUACGGGCCAGCUGUAUGCGGGCACAGAGUCCGGCGCUGUGCAGAUGCCACUGAGUGACUGCGGCCGCUACGUCUCCUGUCUGGACUGCGUGCUGGCCAGAGACCCCUACUGCGCCUGGAGCCUCACAACUUCCCUCUGCUCCACCCCGUCCCGCUCACCAGACGCAGAUGACAGGAAUUUCAUUCAGAGUCUGAAAGAGGGAGAUGCUUCCUCUUGUCCAGAGUCAGCUCCUAUGACAGUCAGCGUUAAGAAUGUGUCCCCCGGGAACAACAUCCAACUGGACUGCCAGGUGGACGUAAACGUGGCCCAAGUGAACUGGCACUUCAAUGGGCAGCCACUGCAGAUGUCUGCCCUGAAGCACUACCUCUACAGCCAGGGCCUUCUCAUCUUCAGCGUCUCCACCAGCGACAUGGGGGACUACACCUGCCAAGCUACUGAGAAUGUGGGCGUGCACGAGUACCCUCGGGUAAUGGCCGCCUAUAAACUGCUGCCCCCUCAGCCAGUGACUUCUCAGCCUGGCGAGGAGGAUAAGGGUGAGCCUGAGCCAGAGGCAGGCGUCACUGAACCCACUGUCAGCCAGAUCACAGCGCCCAAAAACACCCCGCCAAGCGGCAGCAAAGACGGAGUAACUGCAGAUGGGCCCAAACCCAAUGCCAAGGUUGGCCAGAUUACAGGACUGCAGGUGGCGGUGGUGGUGCUCGCCUUGAUCCUGUUAGCCGUGGUCGGAGCGGUCGCGUUCUUCAGAAAGCGGCUAAUACGACACCAGUCGGCAGGUGGGAACACCAGCAACGGUGCUGCCUACCAGCCGGCCUCUCAAGGCAAGACAGACGAUCCUAGAACUGACCAGAACUUCAACAAUUCAACUACAGUGACUUUCAGUGGGAAAGGCACAAGUAAUGGCCCUGUUAUAGCAAUAUCCAGCAUUGGAGAGGAAUCAGAGAUUUGAUGCUGAAUUCAGACAAGUCGCGUGCAGCUACACAUAGUUUUACAAAACCCCAGUCAUGCUACACAAACAAUUUCAGUUAAAUUAGUUAAUGAACCAAGGUAAGUGAGCUGGAUCUGUAUGUAUGUACAUGUGUAAUUACAUUUUGUACCCUUUUUUAUUUUUUUGUUGAGCCUCCACAUGGAGGCUCUGUAGCAUAUGUAUAAUGUUGAAAAAAAUAUAUAUAAGCUGCUGAAAACAAAACUGCAUUUGUACAUAUGAAAUUAAACCCUGGACAUACUGCAGUA